AGGUAAAGCCAUAAAGGUGGAUUUUUUAUUUUUAAUCUCUGAUUUAUCUGAUUGCCUAGCAUUCCACCAUUUCUUCUUCACCAUUUGGAGUAGUAAAGAUCAAACCAAAGAGGGAAAAAGGAAAGAAAAUGCAACGAUCCAAGAAACUUCAUCUUCUGCAUUCUCUCCUUUUACUCUGUUUCUUCAGGAUUACCUGCUGCACCCACGCAACUCCCAUAAGCUUCUGUGGCACGAUUCCAAUUCAACCUCCUUUCUUGACUCCAAAUUCAACUUUCCCAUCCCUAUUAAGCCACAUGAUUGUUUGUAAAUCUCAGAAACUAUUUUUCAGAACUUCUCUUGGUCUUUGCGAAGUCUCCGAUAUCAAUUACUCAAGCAGAACGCUAACCAUCUCUAAUCCUCCUUGUUCUUCUUCAUUCCACUACAUCUCCCCUUCACUUCUCUCCGCUGGUUUACCCUCUCCUCCACAACCCAACUCACUCCUUCUCUUCAACUGCUCAAACAACAGGCAUGUCAUCUCACCACCCAUCACUAACUGCACCAAUUUAACUUCUUUUAAAACUCAUGAACAGGAUUUCAAAAUGGAAAGUUCAUGUGUCCUAGUUCCAGAUGCCGAUAAGAUUCAUCAGAGUUUUCAUCCAAGAGAUUUGAACUGUACACACUACAGCCGGGUGUAUAGGAGGUUUUUGGAGGAAGACAACUACACAGGAUAUGAGCUAGGGACAAGAAUAUCUUUUGAUAUUCCAGAUCAUACACCAGAGAUUUGCAAAGAUUGCGACAAGCCUAACGGCAAUUGCGGUAUUGGGUUGAGGUGCAUCUGCCACCCAAAGGAGUGCAGAGAUAAGGUCAUUUCUAUUGGAGGAUCCAUAAACCCUUUUGGUAAUGUGAUCUUCUCAGCACUCUCUUUCAUUACAGCAACAAUUUACUUCUUUGUUUGCUGAAGAGACAUGCUUUCUUUUUCCCUAGUUGCUGUUGAGCUGUUGAGUAUCCUAAUUAGUCUCUCCUUGUCUAUUUGGUGGGACACAUCCUUAUCUGAUUAGUCUAAAUUAAUCAGCCUCUUUUUUCUCAUGACUACAACUAAAGUGGAGAAAUUAUUUAAAGAUAAAAGUGUAACAAGGACAAGGAAAUGGACUAAUAAACAAAGCAAUUAGGUCGUGA